UCCAGCGUCUGUCGUGAGUCUCUCGUUUGUUUACAUCCUCCGUUUAUUUACUUUUACAUGAAAAAAACACCACAUUUUGUGUUUUAUUGUGUAAAAAUGUGGUCAUGUGGGGGUUUAACCUAGUUCCAAACGUCUUACUCUGACUCUGUUCCAAUUUUAAUAUUUUAAAGCUGUAAAAAGAUGAAUCAUCAUCGGAAACUGGUGAAGGCGGACUGUGAUCAGCUCCUAAACCGCUUCCAGCAAACGGAGUCCGUACGGUUUGAAGCGUUCAGUCAAAUCUGGAGGGACAUGAAGUUUGAGCAGAUUUUCUAUGGAGCUGCGAAACACAAUAACCGAUUAUUCACUCGUCUGGUUUUGGACACAGCAUAUGAGUUCCUGCUUCCUCCCUUCACUUUUCAGAUCCGAGUGGGAGGGCUCUACCUUCUGUACGCUCUGUUCCACUCUCAGACCGCAAAUCCUCUCGAAAAGAUCCGUUUGGCUCUGAAGGAUUGGGAGGAAAUUCAGAAGUUUGAGACAGACUCUUUAGAAGCUCAGCAUUACGACGUGGUUUAUAUUCUGAAAAAACUCCUGCACAUAAAAGCGUUUGUCUUCACUGCAAUGCCCCGACUGCUUGCGUUUGACAGGAAGAAGAAAUCUCAGAUGUCUCCAGUCUGUGAGAGCUUCAUGGAACGGCCCUCAGCUCCUCAGACUCUCAUCAACAACAACCUGCUCGAGGAGUUGUCGAAUGUCCACGGUCUUUAUGAAAACCUCAAGUCCUCGGUCUGUCCUCAGUCUGACUCAAGUCUGAGUCUGUCCCAUCCAGACCUGGUCCAGACACUCAGAGAGACUGUGCUCGACUUCUACAAGUGGCAAAAGGACAAGUUUCAGAGCUCAGAGUCAAGUCGAGAUGAAGACAGUGGAGAGGGACCAUCCACUCAACAGGAGAGUUCCAGAAGAGCAGAUCUUUUGGCUUCCAUCAAGUCCAGAGCGUACGAACAGGCAGCACAGGCGUCAAAGUCUCGGCGACAUCGUGCAGUAGAGGUGGAUGUGACCAAACCAGAGCAAAGCUCCACCCCCUCAGCCCGUUAUGAAAGAAUUAAACAGAAAACUCUGAGAUACAGGGCUACCAAAAACAUCCAAGUGUCAGGAGACAUGUGGAAAGAUGCUUUAUCUCAUACUAGAAUCACUUGCCUCACUGCUCGGGAUAAUGAAAAACCUCCUCGAUGCUUCAAGAAAUUCAAAUGGAAAACUGAAGACACCUAAAAUUCAGCUGUUAUGUUGUUUUUAAUGCAUAUAAAUUGUGGUGUUUUUUUUAUUUUUUUUAAACUUGCUGACUUACUGAAACUUGAAAAAAUAGGCUGUAAAACCACAAAUGAAAACACAUUGAUUUUAAAAUGUGCAAUUUUCAAAUGAGUAAAGAUAUUUUAGCUUGAUUCUUAUUUUAAUGUGUUGUUUUCUGUUGUGGUUUGCUGUUAGACCUUUUGUGUUCCCAGGUGGAGUCCUGUUUUAGACCUGCUUUAGACCCUGUUUAGUCCUGUUUGCCAAAUGCUGUAGAUAUCCAUUUUGAUAUUAACACAUUUCACUUUGGUUCUAUGGUUACAUGUAAUUUAACUGGAGUUCAUCAGAUGCCAUGUUGAUGUAUUAAUCAUAAAAGUCUAAAAUUCCCAGAGUAAUAAAAAGAAAAUAUGUAAAAGUAAGUUAUUUUGAUAAAACUGGGAAUUCUCAGGUGGAAUUUACUGUGUAACUGUCAGAUUACAGAUGUGUUGACCUGGUUUGUCGUUAAUAUCUCUGUAAAAACUGGAUCCAUCCACAUGAAACACAAUGCCACCAAUUUCAACAUCUUCUUUGC